GGUGGGUGCCCACGCCACGUGGGGCAGCCCUGGGGUGUGUCACCAGGGCUCGGCAGGUGGCCGCCGUGGCGGGUGCCACCUUCACCCAUUCCCCGUGCCAAGGUCUCACCACAGCCCCUUCUCGGCACCCCAGAGUCAGCCACCUCCAUUGCUGUGGUGCAGCACCCUGCUCUCUGUGCCCCGUUUUCCUCUCUCAUCAGAUCCUGCUGGCUGUGUCUGUUCUCUCCUUGCCUUAUUUUAUAACACCAAGGAGUUCCUCACCCCCCUCUGCCACCUCGUGUCCUGCUGUGGGACAGCCAGUGCCCAUGGGCACCAGGCCCUGGGCUCAGGGAAUGUCCCUCUCCGUCCCCUCACCAGGGACCAGUCCCCAUGGUGGGACACUCGCGUGGGGCUGUUGUGUUAGCACCAGGCUGGGCGUGGGGUGCAGGGUGAACUCUGCUGCCUGCACAUGUGCAUGUGUGCGUUUUGGGGGGGACUGGGACCGCAAAGAGUCUCCUGGGCAGGGGAUUACAGCUCUCCCACCUCGAGGAACGUGUUCUGGAUGCGGCAGAGGGGACCCAGCUUCUCCUGGUGUGACAGUAAGUGGGUCACUUCUGGCUCACUGCAAAACCCAUAGCAUUUUCCCCCACGGAGAUAGGGAGACCGACCAAACCUCUCCUCUUUUUGUUACAGCUUCUUCAUCCUCCUCCCUGGCAUCACCCCGCACCCCUCCCACCAAGCACCCCUAUCUUAUUAGCUCUGUAUCAGUCCCCACACAGACAACUCCCGAGGGGAAAGCUGUGCAACCGACAUCAAAUAUCUUCCACCACAAAGGCUCCAGCCCUCCGCCCUUGGACGUGGUUGAGCACAUCCUCACUCCAGGCAUCGUAGUGGUUCUUCUUUUGCUUGCAGUUGCUGCUGGCAUUUUAGUAAUACUGUCCAGAAAGAGGAAGAAGGCUCUCUCCGGAGCAGCUGUAGAGAUGGACAGGACUCACGGCGCAUCACACAUGGAGGCCGAUGCCUUGAACUACGCAGAGAUCAACCACCCCAUGCACACAGCCGAGAGCCAGUUGUACAGCAACACCCAGGCUUUCCACUGCUUGGCAAACACCACGAGCGAAUACAUGGAGGUCAAGCAGAGUGAUAAGUGUUUGGAAGAGAAAAAAGAGGCUACAUGUACCACCGUGCAGCAUUCCCCGCCGGAGCAGCAGGAGAUCUACGCUAAUGUGCCGUCAGCUGCAGCGCGGAGGGUGUGAGCUGGCACCCGGCCCCGCCGGCCACUCCUGCUGCCGGCACUACCAGCGGGACACGGCUGGCUUGACAGCGGACCUGCUGCUCUCCCGGGCUUGGACAUCUCCUUGGAGCAACCUCGAAGAGGACAAGCUUGAGCAGGAGGUGUGGGGCAGGCUGGGGAUGAAAUCAUGCCUCUGCAUUUGGAGACCUCACCCGUACAGCAGUGGUGCUGGGAAUAAAAAACUGCCCCUUGCAUUGGGGUAUUCCCAGGCCACAGACCAGCCAGGCAGGGUGGGGAAGAGCCCGGCGAUGGGAGGCGAGGUUGGGCUGGGGGUUGCGGGUGGGCUGCCUGGCUCCCUGCACCCAGCACCCGCCCUGCUCGCCCCUUUGGCUGUGUUAUUCACGUGGGCUGAAGCUCCCAAACCCACUGGUUGCCUCAGACUGAUCAUUUCAUGCCAAUGCCAGGCAGAGCUGGCAGCUCCUGGGAAGCAGGACAGCAAGAAAUGUUAUAUCCAAAUGCAUUUGUUAUAUCCAAAUAUUAGGGGGCUCAGGUGGAGGGUGCAGUGCAUUAGGGUCUUGGUGCAGAGGAGAUAGCAGAGGUGCUCCUGUCCCUCCGGCACGGCAUCUGGGAAGCGUCUCCCCCAAACCCCUGGUCCCACAGCCCCCAAGGAGGUUUGCUCCUGCUCUCUCUCCCCCACCACCCCCAAGGACCCCUGGGCAGGGGGCACAUGGACGAGCUAUAAUCGUGACCCUGCUCUUCUCUGCUUUGCUGAUAAUUUAUUUUCUGGCACCCACUAAAUAUGUUCUUCUCUGUAAAGUAUCGCUCCUUUAUCAGUGACAGCAGCUGGGCAUCUGAUAGCAUCUAGCACAGUAUUUGUCUGUAUUUGUACGGCAGUUUUUCAACUCGCUAAAGGGUUUAUUGCAGAUUGUCUUCCCAAAAGCGGGUCCGGCCCCUCGCUGGUGCUCCAGGAGGACUCCAGCAGCGUAGGAACCGAGAUCUUUAAGGACAAGGACUCUGCUGCUCCAGCACGAACCCACAGCCCGCCUCCAGCUGCUGUGGGACGUGCCCUGGGGCUGCGCUUUGGGCACGCUCUUGCCCGCUGUGUGCCCUCUUCCACACGUAUUCGCGCUGAUCCUGCCCAGCGCCAGGCAAUCCAUCCAUCCUGACAACCCACUCCCCCGAAAAACAGGUCACGGAGGUGGGCAUCUGUAUGUGAGGCUGAGUCAGGUGUAUUUCAAGGCUUCAUUUGGAGAGAAUUUGUAAACUUUGCUAACGGCUGCAAGGCUUUGUUCCAGUAUUUAUGUAAUUAUUUUAUUCGAGAAGCUGUGUGGAGCAUCCCUGCUCCGACAAAACCAAAGGCAGCUGGAAGUAAAUAUCAGUGGUAUAACA